GCAGCAUAUAUUUGUUUUGUUUGUGGUUGUGGUUUGGUUUGCUCUAACCCUAUCUUUCACUCAUAUUUGAACGAUUCAAUUUCUAGUUUGAGAAAUAAAUUAGGCAACAUUCAACUUCAAAUUAGAAUGUGUUAACUUCAUUUUGUGCAAGGAUAGCUUUCAGAAAUAAUAUCAUUUUAUAAAUACUGUAAAAUGUACUAUAAUUCAAAGUUCCUGUACGGCGUGGGGAGAUCAUAUGCUAAAAGUUUGCUUCUUCGCAAAAUAAACCAAAUAGAUACGGCAAGUAGAUGUUACUUGAGUAAAAAUACACUCUGCUUGAGCAGUUUAAAUGAAAGUGUUGAUUCUGACGUCAAAGCCGACAUUGCUAGGGUGGAUGCUGAUCUCAAAAAAAGAAUAUUUAACACCUUUCUUUGGGAAAAUGAUCCCACUCUACCGUUUGUUGUUAGAAAAAGUAUUGAGAAUAGGAAAAAAAGAGAGUAUUUUGAGAAAAUGUUGGCUGGGGAAGGAAGAACUUCCCGUCCCCUCACACUCAAACUUCUCGAUGAUCCUGUACAAAAAAUAGAAAAUGAAACUGAAAAGCCUGUGAUUGCGGAUGAGAUGGAACCACAGUACCCAUAUUCUAUUGAAAAUUCAUUAAGUGACAAUCAAUUGGCAAACUCCUCAAUCAAUGAUAAUUCAAGAAAAAGGCCCAAUAGGAGACGGCAAGAAUUAGAGAGAAAGAAAAAGAGAGUGAGUCUGUGGAUGAGUGAUUAUGAAUUCUAUGAUGAAAAGUCAUUGGAUGGAAGAAAUUCGUAUUUUGGAACAUCUGAUCCAAAUGAACCUGUUAGCAAGAUUCCUUGUGGCGGGUGUGGUGCUUUACUGCACUGUCAAGAUCAUUCUAUUCCUGGCUAUCUUCCUAAAGAACUGUUUGGCAAAAGAAAAGUUACAGAUUUAAAGUCUAUGAUAUGCCAAAGAUGCCAUUUUUUGAAGAAAUUCAAUAUUGCCCUUGAUGUCAAUGUUACACCGGAGGAUUAUCCAAAAAUUAUCUCCCGUAUUAAAAACGAGCGUGCAAUUGCAGUUCUACUAGUUGAUCUACUGGAUUUCCCGUGUAGCAUCUGGCCUGAAAUAAUGGGAAUUAUUGGUGAAAAAAGGCCAGUCAUAGUUGUUGGGAAUAAAGUUGAUUUGAUUCCUGGAGACCACGAUGGGUACCUUAAACAUAUCAAAAAUACACUGCAAGCAUAUGUUGAAAAGAUGGGUAUUGCCAAGGCAAAUAUCAAGCAUGUGGCUCUCAUCAGUGCACAGACAGGGUUUGGAGUGGAAGAUCUUAUAACACAAAUGCAUCAAUUAUGGGAGUAUAAGAGUGAUGUAUACUUGAUUGGUUGUACAAAUGUUGGAAAAUCCUCCCUAUUUAACCAAUUGUUACAAUCAGACUUCUGCAAAACUCUAGCUAUUGAUGUUGUUCAGAGAGCAACAACAUCAAUUUGGCCUGGAACAACCCUCAACUUACUCAAGUUCCCUAUCUUAAGACCCGAGGGAUGGAGGUUGGCUGAAAGGAAAAAAAGGCUUAGUUCUGAAGCAAGCCUACAAAAACAAGAGAGAUCUCUCCAGAAGGAACAACUGAAACGAAAUAGAAUGUAUAACUUACCAUCUCUUAUCCAGCAUGUUGGUAGAACUUUCAUAAAACAUGAUCUGGAAAAUAGAGCGCUUCCACUAGAUGUAAGAAAGGCUCAGUAUAAUGAAAACUCCAAAGAUUUUGUGGCUGGACGUUGGUGUUUUGACACCCCUGGUGUGAUGCAUCCAGAUCAGAUAUUAAAUAUUCUCACUACAGAAGAGCUACAGAAAACAUUACCAAAGACACCUAUAGUUCCCCGCUUUUUUAUACUGAAGCCUGGAAGAAGUGUUUUUCUGGCAGGCUUGGGCCGCAUAGAUUUGCUAAGUGCUACUAAUGACAAUUCAGCAAGAAUUGUAGUUUUUUCCUCAAGCGCUCUUCCUGUUUCUAUUGUCCAAACACACGAGGCAGAAGAUGUAUACACGAAAUUCCUGGGAUCUGAACUAAUGGCUGUACCCUGUGGAGGCUCAAAAAGGCUUGCUGACUGGCCAGGACUUCAAGCAAGUGAUGAGCUAAUUAAUAUUAAGGGAUCUGGAUGGAAAGAGAGUUGUGCUGAUAUUGUCCUUUCUUCAGCAGGUUGGGUUUCCAUCUCUGCAGCUGAAUAUAUGGAAAUGUGUUUUAAAGUGUGGACUCCAUAUGCCCGUGGAAUUCACUUGAGACAGCCAUCCUUGCUUCCAUUUGCAAUCAACUUCAGAGGAAAAAGAAUUGAUCACACUCCAACAUAUCAUAAUAAGCGAGCAGAUGGUUCAUCUGUGACAGAAUUAGUUGAGGAAGUUCUAUAAGUCUUUGUUCAUAACCACCACUGCUACCACUCAAUAAUUAUGCAAAAUAAAGCAAACAAAAGAGUAA